AUAUAUAUAUAUAUUUAUGGACUUCAUGGAUGCUUCUGCGCAUGUGCUUAUUAAUAUUAACAUGGUAUUCUAUCUUAUGAGUCCAUAACAUUCAUAUAACUGAUUACAUUUGAAUAUGGAAGGUGUUUAGAAAAUAUUUUAUCCUUGACCUUUAGGUAAUGCUGUCAACACAUAAUAUUAUUAACUUGUAUGAGAACAGUGCAAAGGAAGUAAUCAUUUGUAAAUAACUAAUUCCCAGAAUUUAAACCUAUUUUGUGCUCUCUGCUGAAGACAUUCUCAAAUAGUGCAUUUCUUGUUUAACUUACUCAACCAUGUUACAAAGAACAACAGUGAAUAAUAACAAUGCUAAGAAUUAAAAGAGGGUGCUCUUUUGUACACAUUGUAAACAAAAGUCCUGAAUGGAGCAAAUUUUAAACUAAUGUGUCAUGUUUUAGUCAAGGAAUAUGCCAUAUCCAAAAGUAGACAUUAAAUCAGUGUUACAUGGAAACGUACUUAUUAAGACUGGAACAUUAAAAUAAUCCAUAAAACAUAAAUUCACUGAAAGUUGCCAGGAAAUUUGCCAAUUUUAAAAGGCUCAAUCAUGAAAGUAAUAAUUAAUAAGCUUUUCAAUCAUGGACUUUUGUUUUCUCUCUCUUACAGAUUUUGAGCUCCAGUACUUUUGGAGAUGGACAGACUUUGGCAGCUACAUCGAGUUCCUCCUGUUGUUUAGUUUACUGGUGGGCUUCAUCACAUAUAUAUGUAUAGACAUCAAGAUUGUUAUAGAGUUUAUAGGCUUUUCUGCAGUGUUUGCAGAGGCCAUGUUAGGAGCACCACAGUUUCAUAGGAACUGGGAGAAAAAGUCCACAAUAGGAAUGAG